CUUCUCCUCCUGCUGUUGCUAGUACUGCCGCCGCAGCCGCGCUCGAUGCCGGCCCGGGAGCGGCCAGAGAGGGAGGCCCCGACGAGCUACAGCAGAGCCAGGCCUGGCCCGGCCUCCUCACAGCGGCGGCGCCGGCCGAGGAGACACCCCCGGCUGCUAAUUCCUAGCCCCUUCUGAAUCUGGGGACCUCUCCCUCAACCGCCUUCCACCAUGUUUAACCUGAUGAAAAAGGACAGAGAUGGCUCCAGAAGGGAGAAGAAAGAGAAGAAGGAGAAGAAGGAGCGGAUGUCGGCGGCGGAGCUGAAGAGCCUGGAGGAGAUGAGUCUGCGCCGCGGCUUCUUCCAUCUCAACCGGUCCUCCAAGCGGGACUCGAAGAGCCGGCUGGAGAUCUCCAACCCCAUCCCCAUCAAGGUGGCCAGUGGCUCGGACCUGCACUUGACCGACAUCGACUCGGACAGCAACCGAGGCAGCGUCAUCCUGGAUUCGGGGCACCUCAGCACAGCCAGCUCCAGCGACGACCUAAAGGUGGACGACGGCAACUUCAAGGGCUCCGUACUGCAGCGGGCCGCCAAGUUUGGCUCGCUGGCCAAGCAGAACUCCCAGAUGAUUGUCAAGCGGUUCUCCUUCUCCCAGAAGAGCCGCGACGAGAGCACCUCGGAGACCUCCACGCCCUCGGAGCAUUCGGCCGCCCCUUCCCCACAGGUGGAGACGCGGACGCUGGAGAUGCAGCUCGCCAAGCCGGUGGGUCCUCUGCGGGUGGCUUCCUCCAUCUCCAGGCUGCCUGAGGUGGUCAGCAAGAGGUUCCCCGCGGAUCUGAAGCUCCCCCUGGUGGUGCCCCCUCAACCCCCCGUGCCCCGGCAGCUGGAGCUCCAGCGGCGUAACACCGGCGACUUUGGCUUCUCGCUGCGCCGCACCACCAUGCUGGACCGGGCCGCCGACGGGCAGGUCUACCGGCGAGUGGUGCAUUUCGCCGAGCCGGGGGCCGGGACCAAAGACCUGGCGCUCGGCCUGGUGCCGGGCGACCGCCUGGUGGAGAUCAAUGGCCGGAACGUGGAGAACAAGACCCGGGACGAGAUUGUGGAGAUGAUCCGGCAGUCGGGGGAGACGGUGCGCCUCAAAGUGCAGCCCAUCUUGGAGCUGAGCGAGCUGAGCCGCUGCUGGCUGAGGAGCGGGGAGGGCCUGCACCGGGCAGCCUGUGAUGAGAAGCUCCAGCCAGCCAAGCCAGGAGAGAAGCCCUCCCCGCCAGCUGGAGAGAGACCCAUCCAGCAGCCGGAGCCUGCGACCCCCACAGCCGCCCUGAGCCAGGUACUGUACCCCAGCGUGCCCGAACUCCCUCCGUCGCCUGCCUGCCUCUGGGUGGAUGUCUGUGCUCGCGCCUCGUGCUGGAGUGCCAAGACGGAGGAACAGAUUGCAGCGGAAGAGGCCUGGUAUGAGACUGACAAAGUGUGGCUGGUCCACAAAGAUGGCUUCUCCUUAGCAAGCCAGUUGAAGACAGAUGCCGCCGGCCUCCUCCCUGAGGGGAAGGUCAAGGUGAAGCUGGACUACGAUGGGGCUGUGCUGGAGGUUGACGAAGAUGACGUGGAGAAGGCCAACCCCCCGUCAUGUGACCGCACGGAGGACCUGGCCAGCCUCGUCUACCUCAACGAAUCUGGCGUCCUGCACACCCUGCGCCAGCGCUACGGGGGGAACCUCAUCCACACGUACGCCGGGCCCAGCAUGGUCGUCGUCAACCCCCUCAGCUCCCCAUCCAUGUACUCGGAGAAGGUGAUGCACAUGUUCAAGGGCUGCCGGAAGGAGGACACGUCCCCCCACAUCUACGCCGUGGCCCAGGCCGCCUACCGGAACAUGCUGAUGAGCCGCCAGGACCAGUCCAUUGUCUUGCUGGGCAGCAGCAGCAGCGGCAAGACCACCAACUGCCAGCACCUGGUCCAGUACCUGGCCACCGUGGCCGGCAGCUCCGGGAAGGUCUUCUCAGUGGAGAAAUGGCAGGCGCUCCACACCAUCCUGGAGGCCUUUGGCAACAGCAGCACCAGCUUGAAUGGCAACGCCACCCGCUUCUCCCAGAUCAUCUCUCUGGACUUCGACCAGGCGGGCCAGGUGGCCUCUGCCUCCAUACAGACGAUGCUGCUGGAGAAACUGCGGGUUGCUAAGCGUCCUGCGAACGAGGCUGCUUUCAACGUGUUCUACUACCUGCUGGCCUGUCCAGACAACGCUCUCCGGACGGAACUCCACUUCAACCACUUGGCGGAAAACAACGUCUUUGGGAUUGUGCCUCUGUCCAAGCCGGAGGAGAAGCAGAAGGCGGCCCAGCAGUUCAGCAAGCUCCAGGCAGCCCUGAAAGUGAUGGGCAUUUCCAGCGAGGAGCAGAAGGCGCUCUGGCUCGUCUUGGGGGCCGUCUGUCACUUGGGGGCCGCAGGAGCCACCAAAGACGGCGAUGAAGCUGGGAGGAAGCAGUUUGCACGCCACGAGUGGGCCCAGAAGGCCGCCUACCUGCUGGGCUGUACCCUGGAAGAGCUCUCCUCCUCCAUCUUCAAGCACCAGCCCAAGGGGACGCUGCAGAGGUCCACCUCCUUCCGCCAGGGGCCAGAGGAGGCGGCGCUGGCAGAUGGUUCAGGUCCGAAGACGUCUGCUUUGGAGUGCCUGGAGGCCCUCGCCUCAGGCUUGUACUCGGAGCUCUUCACGCUGCUCAUCUCGCUCCUCAACAGGGCUCUCAAGUCCAACCAGCGCUCCCUGUGCUCCAUGAUGGUGGUGGACACCCCGGGCUUCCAGAACCCUGAGAUGGCCGGCCAGAGCCGCGGGGCCACCUUCGAGGAGCUGUGCCACAACUACGCCCAGGAGCGGCUGCAGAUGCUUUUCCACGAGCGCACCUUUGUGCAGGAGCUGGAGCGCUACAAGGAGGAAAACAUAGAGCUUUCCUUAGAUGCCUUAGAGCCCAGUACUUCGGGCUCUGUAGCCACAGUAGACCAAGCGUCACACCAGGCACUGGUCCGCACGCUCGCCCGCACCGAUGAGGCCCGCGGCCUGUUGUGGCUGCUGGAGGAGGAGUCCCUUCAACCCGGGGGCAACGAGGACACCCUGCUGGAGCGGCUGUUCACCUACUACGGCCCACAGGAUGGGGACAAGAAAGGCCACAACCCCCUCCUCCGGAGCAACCGGCCCCGCCACUUCUUCCUGGGCCACAGCUACGGCACCAACUGGGUGGAGUACGACACCACGGGCUGGCUGAGCUACGUCCGGCAGAACCCGGCCUCCCAGAACGCCCUGGCGCUGCUGCAGGAGUCCCAGAAGAAAAUCAUCAGCAGUCUCUUUGUGGGCCGAGCUGGGGCCGGCAUGGUGUUGUCGGGCUCCAUCGCUGGCCUGGAGGGGGGCUCCCAGCUAGCCCUGCGCAGGGCCACCAGCAUGCGGAAGACCUUCACCACAGGGGUGGCGGCCGUGAAGAAGAAGUCGCUGUGCAUCCAGAUCAAGCUGCAAGUGGAUGCGCUGAUAGACACCCUCCAGAAGUCGAAGCUCCACUUUGUGCACUGCUUCCUGCCCAAGGCGGACGGCUGGAGCGGGGACCUCCGGGGGCCGUGUGUCCGGCGGGUGAGCACCAGCGAGCUGGACCUGCACGGGGAGCAUUGCGAAGCUGGCCUCAUGCAGCUGGACGUGCCCUUGCUGAGGGCCCAGAUCCGGGGCUCCCGCCUCCUGGAUGCCCUCCGCAUGUACCGCCAAGGUUACCCCGAUCACAUGGUCUUUGCGGAGUUCCGGCGGCGCUUCGAUGUCCUGGCCCCUCACCUGACCAAGAAGCAUGGGCGCAAUUACAUUGUGAUGGAUGAGAAGCGGGCAGCGGAAGAGCUCUUGGAAUCACUGGAGCUGGAGAAGAGCAGCUACCACAUGGGCCUCAGCCGGGUGUUUUUCCGGGCAGGGACUUUGGCCAAGCUGGAGGAGCAGCGGGAUAAACAGAUGAGCAGGAACAUCAGCCUCUUCCAGGCCGCCUGCCGGGGUUUCCUGGCCCGCCAGCACUUCAAGAAGAGGAAGAUCCAGGACUUGGCCAUCCGCUGUGUGCAGAAGAAUAUCAAGAAGAACAAGGGGGUGAAGGACUGGCCCUGGUGGAAGCUCUUCACCACCGUCAGGCCCCUCAUCGAAGUUCAGCUCACAGAGGACCAGAUCCGGGGCAAAGAUGAGGAGAUCCAGCAGCUGAAGAGCCGGCUGGAGAAGGCGGAGAAGGAGCGCAACGAGCUGCGGCUGAGCAGCGACCGCCUGGAAAGCAAGAUCACAGAGCUGACCUCGGAGCUGACCGACGAGAGGAACACGGGCGAAUCGGCCUCCCAGCUCCUGGACGCCGAGACGGCCGAGCGGCUGCGAACCGAGAAGGACAUGAAGGAGCUGCAGGCCAAGUAUGAUGCGCUCAAGAAGCAGAUGGAGUCCAUGGAGAUGGAGGUGAUGGAGGCCCGCCUCAUCCGGGCCGCGGAGCUCAAUGGCGAGAUGGAUGACGACGACGCAGGUGGCGAGUGGCGCUUGAAAUAUGACCGCGCCAUCCGUGAGAUCGACUUCACCAAGAAGCGCCUGCAGCAGGAAUUUGAGGACAAGCUGGAGGUGGAGCAGCAAGGCAAGAGGCAGCUGGAGAGGAGGCUGGCUGACCUGCAGGCUGACAGUGAGGAGAGCCAGCGGUCCCUGCAGACGCUGAAGAAGAAGUGUCAGCGGCUGACGGCCGAGCUGCAGGACACCAAGCUGCACCUGGAGGGCCAGCAGGGCCGGAAUCACGAGCUGGAGAAGAAGCAGCGCAGAUUUGACAGCGAGCUCUCUCAAGCCCACGAGGAGGCCCAGCGCGAGAAGCUCCAGCGGGAGAAGCUGGGCCGGGAGAAGGAUAUGCUCAUCGCGGAAGUCUUCAGCCUGAAGCAGCAGCUGGAGGAGAAAGACUCCAGCAUUGUCACCUUCACGCAGAAGGUGGAGUCCCUGGAGGCCGAGCUGCAGGACCUCUCCUCCCAGGAGUCCAAAGACGAGGCUUCCUUGGCCAAAGUCCGGAAGCAGCUGCGGGACCUCGAGGCCAAGGUGAAGGACCAGGAGGAGGAGCUGGACGAGCAGGCGGGGACCAUCCAGAUGCUGGAGCAGGCCAAACUUCGGCUGGAGAUGGAGAUGGAGCGGCUGCGGCAGACACAUGCCAAGGAGGUCGAGAGCCGGGACGAGGAAGUCGAAGAGAUCCGGCAGUCGUGCCAGAAGAAGUUGAAGCAGAUGGAGAUGCAGCUGGAGGAAGAGUACGAGGAGAAGCAGAAGGUGCUGCGGGAGAAGAGGGACCUGGAGGGCAAGCUGGCCUCUGUCAGCGACCAGGUCAACCAGAGGGACUUUGAGACGGAGAAGCGGCUGCGGAAGGAUCUGAAGCGCACCAAGGCCCUCCUGGCCGACGCCCAGGUCAUGCUCGAUCACCUGAAGAACAACGCGCCCAGCAAGCGGGAGAUCACCCAGCUCAAGAACCAGCUGGAGGAGUCGGAGUUCACGUGUGCGGCCGCUGUCAAGGCCCGCAAGUCGAUGGAGGUGGAGAUUGAGGACCUGCACCUGCAGAUUGAUGACCUUUCCAAGGCCAAGGGAGCGCUGGAAGAGCAGCUGAGCCGCUCCCAGCGGGAGAAGAACGAGGUGCAGAGCCGCCUGGAGGAGGACCAAGAGGACCUGAACGAGCUCCUGAAGAAGCACAAGGCCGCCGUCGCCCAGGCCUCCCGGGACUUGGCCCAGAUCAACGACCUCCAGUCGCAGCUGGAAGACGCCCACAAGGAGAAGCAGGAGCUGCAGGAGAAGCUCCAGGCCCUGCAGAGCCAGCUGGAGUUCCUGGAGCAGUCCAUGGUGGACAAGUCCCUGGUCAGCAGGCAAGAGGCCAAGAUCCGCGAGCUUGAGACACGGCUGGAGUUUGAGAGGACCCAAGUGAAGCGCCUUGAGAGCCUGGCCACCCGGCUGAAGGAGAACAUGGAGAAGCUGACGGAAGAGCGGGACCAGCGCACGGCUGCCGAGAACCGGGAGAAAGAACAGAACAAGCGCUUCCAGCGGCAGCUGCGGGACACCAAGGAGGAGAUGGCUGAGGUGGCCAAGAAGGAGGCCGAGGCCAGCCGCAAGAAACACGAACUGGAGAUGGAUCUAGAGAGCUUGGAAGCUGCCAACCAGAGCUUGCAGGCGGACCUGAAGCUGGCCUUCAAGCGGAUCGGAGACCUGCAGGCGGCCAUUGAGGACGAGAUGGAAAGUGAUGACAAUGAAGAGCUCAUCAACAGUUUGCAGGACAUGGUGACAAAGUACCAGAAGCGCAGGAAUAAGCUCGAGGGAGACUCGGAUGCCGAUUCAGAGCUGGAAGACCGCGUGGACGGGGUGAAGUCGUGGCUCUCCAAGAACAAAGGCUCUUCCAAGACGGUCUCGGAGGACGGCAGCUUGAAGAGUAGCAGACCAGCCCUCAACUCUGUUGCCAAAGAGGGCAAGGAAGUGGAUGAGCGGCCUGUGUCGGUCAUGAGCUCCCUGAGCUACCGGAAGCGGGCCACGCUGAAGGACUCCAUUGGGGGCAAAGGGGACGAGGAGACCCUCUUUUCCACCCUGAGCGAGCGCCCCGCCUCUCCGGACCGCUCCUUCCGCAAGGCCAAGCGCAACUCCGCCGCCAGCAGCUUGGACAAUGGUGGCUCCGUUGCCUUGUGGAAGAAACCUGGCGGGGUGGACGACAUGGACGAGAGGGCUUCGGUCAUCUCCCAGCCCUUCUCCGAGGCUGGCAGCCAGGCCCACAAACGCUGGUCCAUCUCAGCAGCGGAGUUCGAUACGACCUCGGUUCUGUCCGCCCCCAUCAGCCGCAGCGGAGCCUCCUGGUGUGGCCUGGAUGCUCGGGAGGACGACGCGAGGUCAUCCCUGAGCUUUGCCCUGUCCAGCCCGGGCAGCUUGAGACGCAGCACCUCGCGCCUGGAUGACCUCAGCCCUUCCUACAGCCGCCCGGGCUCCCGCCUCUCCUUGGGCCGCUCUCAACGGGACGACGCAGAAAGCAUGGCCCUGAGCGACUCCCGGUCGCUGUACAGCCAGCACUCGCUCUCCCGUAGCCUCUCCGUCCCGCCGCGUCCUCGGACCGCAGCCUCGGACGAGCUGCAGGCAGAAGACCCCGACAUCCGGCCCGUCGGCCACCGCAGCUACCUCGACCCGGACCUGGAAGCGGCCAUCCACGAGGUGCUGAACUACAAGCCAGUCAAGUUCAAGCGCUCCAGCCUGGAUCCCGACUCGGAGGACGACGAUGACCGCAAGAGCGUGCGGAGCACCAAGAGUGCCACCCCGUUUGAGUCUGCCGAGCGCCCCGCCAGCAACCUGUGCCGGUCGGCCUCUGCCUUGGAUUUCUCGACGACUCGCAAUGUGAAGGGCAGGAGUCGGAAGAGAAGGAGCAGCUCCUCCUCUUCCUCAUCAUCGUCCUCUUCUUCGGAGCGGCAAAGGAAGAACUCCAGGAAGCACGGCAAGAAGUCCAAGAAGAAGUCCAAGAAGAAGCACUCCCGUUCAGGCUCUUCCUCCGAAUCCUCCUCCAGCACUUCGGGCUCUGUCGCCUCGUAUCGCAGCAACUCCAGCAUCAAGAAGGGCCCGAAGCGGGGCGGCCUGGGCUCGGAAGGGGAGGAUGCCGCCGCCCAGGAGGGCCGCGAGGCUGGCAGGUCGAGCAAGCAGCAGAAGAAGGAGGAGAAGCAGCGGAAGAAGCAGGUGGACAGCCUGAUGAUGAAGUACCUGUAUCGGCCAGAGAGCGACUAAGGCAGGUGGCAUGGAGUGCCAGCCCCCCAGGCUAUCGGAAAUCGUUUCCCUACGACAAAUCGGACGAGGAGCGAGACCUCUUGGACAGCACGCCCAGAUCCAAGUGCUCUUCCCGGAGCCACCUGAGCGACAGCGACUCGG